AUGGGAUAUAACAGUGACUGUAGAGCCAAAAAAAAUGAAGUUAAGUGCGAUGGAAACAAUAAAAACCUGAAUCCUGAUUUUUUAAGUAGAUAUGUAGAAGCGGGGAGGGUAUCUAUAAAUCGCAACGUCAUAGCAAAGUGCCUGGAGUUUUACGAAAUAUCUCUAUUGAAUUAUUUCGUGAAAGAUUCACACACUUUUGAACCCAUACAACUAAACACAAAUUAUGUUCCCCGCCCAGCGGAUCAAUCGAGUCCAUCGGCAAGUCAAGUAGACACUUUAUCAUGGUGCAGCCAUCAAAUUGAAAUGGAAGGCUUAGGUCCUAGGACUCGCCAAAAUGAUAACUAUGCACGUAGUCCACUUUACGACCACGUAAACAAAUUGGCUAAUCUAUAUAGAAAACAGCCGCGCGAAUUACCCCCUAUUGAUUUUAACCAAAUUACUCCUCCGCAGGAACUGGACGAGCUACUAUGUACAAUUAGCAUUUGCUGCAAGUAUUACAUAGCAGAUUGCCUUAAAAGGGCUCAGGAAGAUGCCUUAGCUCAUGGCUCAACAGUGGUAACGGCGAGGCGCAUAUACGAAGCGGCCAGAAGGGGUAAUUCCCAGCUGUGA